UGUUUCCUGGUUAGGCUACGCAUAGUUUAGGAUUUAGGAACACACCCAGUGACAUCAGUGAGGUUUGAAGAAAAAAAAUCUUUUAACACGGUUACUGCAGUGGACCAAGGGGGCCAAGGGCGCCUUCCUAAGCCUCGGCUUUUUACAUUUUAUUAUUAAAAAUAGAAAACUUUAAAACUCCUUCAAAUACAGUCGUCGGACAGUGAGGAUCUUCAGCAAAAUGUCAACUUCUGACGAAGCAGACGGGCUUCGGCCGCGGUAUGGGUCGGUCCUGGACGGCGUGGAGCGCCUCACGGCGGAGGAGAUGGACGAGAGGCGCCAGCAGAACAUGGCAUACGAGUACCUGUGCCACCUGGAGGAGGCCAAGCAAUGGAUGGAGGCCUGCCUGGAUGAGGAGCUGCCACCCACCACCGAGCUGGAGGAGGGCCUGCGAAAUGGGGUGUACCUGGCCAAGCUGGGCAACUUCUUUGCACCCCGAGUUGUCUCCGUCAAGAAGAUCUACGACCGAGAGCAGACGCGCUACAGGGCCACAGGGCUUCAUUUCAGACAUACAGACAAUGUGAUCCAGUGGCUGAAUGCUAUGACAGAGAUUGGGCUGCCUAAGAUUUUCUACCCAGAAACAACAGACAUCUACGACAGGAAGAACAUGCCCCGCUGUAUCUACUGCAUCCACGCGCUCAGUUUGUACCUGUUCAAGCUGGGCUUGGCCCCUCAAAUCCAAGAUCUCUAUGGCAAGGUGGAUUUCACAGAGGAGGAAAUCAACAAUAUGAAAAGUGAGCUGGAGAAGUACGGGAUUCAGAUGCCUGCUUUCAGUAAGAUUGGUGGGAUCUUGGCCAAUGAGCUGUCAGUGGAUGAAGCUGCCUUGCAUGCUGCAGUGAUUGCCAUCAAUGAUGCCAUUGACCACGGCGUACCAGAGGGCACUAUGGCAGCAAUGCGCAACCCCAAUGCCAUGCUGGUCAACAUAGACGAGGGCUCUGCCCAGGACUACCAAGACAGGCUCUACCUGGCCAAGCAGGAGAAAGUGGCCAGUGCCAGAAAACGGAUGGCAGGGGAGAACUCAGAGGAGGAGCGAGAUGUGUAUGAGGAGUUGCUCACCCAGGCCGAGAUACAGGGCAACAUAAAAAAAGUCAACCUGGGCAAUGCCCUGAGCUCAACGGAGCAGGCCAUCCUCAGCGGCGACGAGGACAGGUUGUACGACGCGCUCCGCUCCCAGGCCCUGGGCCUGCGCGGCCUGCAGCCCCAGAACAAGGAGUGGUACCUCAAGCAGCUCGACUCCGACCGCAAGAACAAAGAGCAGAGCUACCCGGGGGAGCUGCUUACUAAGGAAGAGUUGCAGAGCGGAGUGGACCUGGCAAACGAGGAUGCAGCCAGCUACCAGAGACUGCUGGUGGCUGUACAGCGGAUCAACACUGCCAUUCGUGCCGGCGUGGCGGAGGACACAGUCUCAGAGCUGAUGAAACCUGAUGCCCAGCUGCCCCAGGUGUACCCCACAGCUGCAGACCUGUACCAGCGAGAGCUCGCCACCCUGCAGCAGCAGAGUUCAGAGGGUUCCCUGACACACCCGGAGCUGAUGGUGGCUGUGGAGAUGCUGUCAUCCGUGGUGCUGAUUAACCGCAGUCUGGACGCAGGUGACAGGGCGGCAGUGUGGAGGCAGCUAGAGAGCCCCGUGACUGGGCUCAGCAACGUGGAAGACGAGUGUGCCCAGAGGUACAUCGAUGAGUUGAUGCGGAUGAAGAUGGCGGUACGGGCUGAGACCAAUGAGUUUCUCUCUUGGAACGACAUCCAAGCCUGCAUAGACCAAGUCAACACCGCUGUCCAGGAGGAACAUGAAAGGAUCAUGGCAAUCGGGCAGAUCAAUGAGGCGCUGGAGGAAGGCGACGUACAGAAGACGCUGGCGGCUCUGCAGCACCCAGCUGCCAAGCUGUCGGAUGUGGACCCUCCAGUGGCACAACACUACUACGACAAGCUGCUGGAGGCCCGCAGGGAGAAGGCACACGAGACCCAGGACCCUUCAGCUGUGCUGUGGCUGGAUGAGAUCCAGGACACUGUGCACACCUCCAAUAAAGAUACCCAGGAUGCCCUGCUGUUCUCCCAGGCAAUCUUGGCCAUCAAUGAGGCAGUGGAACAAGGAGAUGCCCCCCAGACCCUGGCAGCCCUCCGCUGCCCCAGUUCGGGGCUGUAUGGCAUUACCCCAGAGUGUGCCCAGACCUACCAAAACGACCUCGCCAAUGCCAAGCAGGACAAGAAGACAGAAGGUGACAACGGCAGUGAGUGGAUGAAGAACUGGGUGAAGGGGGGACACAAUUACUACUUCAACUUGAAAACGAGAGAGGGCAGCUGGGAUGAGCCCCCCAACUUCAUUCAGAACAACACCCAGCUGAGCAAGGAGGAGAUCCAGUCGGUGGUGUCUGGAGUGACCAGCGCCUAUAAUCGGGAGCAGCUGUGGCUGGCCAACGAGAGCCUCAUCAGCAAGCUGCAGGCCCGCUGUCGGGGCUUCCUGGUGAGGGACGGCCUGAAGAAACGGCUCAGCUACCUGAAGUCCCAGGACCCGGCCAUCACCCGCAUCCAGGCCCAUUGGAGAGGACACAAGCAGAGGAAGAAGUUCCAGGACAGGAAGCAGUACCUUAAGGACCACAGUGAGGAGGCUGUCAAGAUCCAGUCAAAGGUGAGGAUGUAUCAAGCCCGGAAGAAGUACCAGGACCGCCUCAAAUAUUUCAGAGACCAUAUGGCUGAAAUUGUGAAGAUUCAGGCAUUCAUCCGAGCCAACAAAGCUAGGGAUGACUACAAGACUCUAAUCAGCGCCGAGGACCCCCCGAUGGCGGUGGUGCGGAAGUUUGUCCACUUGCUGGACCACAGCGACCAGGAUUUCCAGGAGGAGCUGGAGCUGAUGAGGCUGCGCGAGGAGGUGGUCACCAACAUCCGCUCCAACCAGCAGCUGGAGAACGACCUGAACCUCAUGGACAUCAAGAUCGGCCUGCUGGUGAAAAACAAAAUCACCCUGCAGGAAGUGGUGUCUCACAGCAAGAAACUGUCAAAGAAGAAUAAGGACCAACUGUCUGACAUGUUGAUGAUGAACAAGCAGAAGGGAGGGUUGAAGGCUCUUAGCAAGGAGAAGAGAGUCAAGCUGGAAGCCUACCAGUAUCUUUUCUACCUGCUUCAGACAAACCCCACCUACCUGGCCAAGCUGAUCUUCCAGAUGCCCCAGAACAAGUCUACCAAGUUCAUGGACUCUGUGAUUUUCACGCUCUAUAAUUACGCCUCCAAUCAGCGGGAGGAGUACCUGCUUCUCAAGCUCUUCAAGACUGCUCUUCAGGAGGAAAUCAAGUCAAAAGUGGACCAGAUCCAGGAGAUCGUGACCGGGAACCCCACGGUAAUUAAGAUGGUGGUGAGCUUCAACCGUGGGGCGCGCGGCCAGAACGCUCUGCGCCAGAUCUUGUCCCCUGUGGUUAAGGAGAUCAUGGACGACAAGACACUGAACAUCAAAACCGACCCUGUGGACAUCUAUAAGAGCUGGGUUAACCAAAUGGAGUCUCAGACUGGCGAGGCCAGUAAGCUGCCCUACGACGUGACUCCGGAGCAGGCCAUGGCUCAUGAAGAGGUGCGUACCAGGCUGGACGCGUCAAUCAAGAACAUGAGGACCGUCACGGACAAGUUCCUGUCUGCAAUUAUUGUCUCAGUGGACAAAAUACCAUACGGGAUGCGGUUCAUUGCCAAGGUGCUGAAGGACACGCUACAUGAGAAGUUCCCAGAUGCCACCGAAGAUGAGCUGCUGAAGAUCGUGGGGAACCUGCUGUAUUACCGCUACAUGAACCCUGCUAUUGUGGCACCAGAUGCUUUUGACAUCAUUGACCUGUCUGCGGGAGGACAGCUGACCACUGACCAGCGCCGUAACCUGGGCUCCAUCGCCAAAAUGCUGCAGCACGCGGCAUCUAACAAGAUGUUUCUAGGAGACAACGCACACCUCAACCCCAUCAAUGAAUACCUCAGCAACUCCUACCAGAAAUUUAGGCGUUUCCUGCUGGCAGCCUGUGACGUCCCUUCGCUGGAAGACAAGUUCAAUGUGGAUGAGUACUCGGACCUGGUCACGCUGACCAAGCCUGUCAUCUACAUUUCCAUCGGAGAAAUCAUCAACACACACACGCUCUUGCUGGAUCAUCAGGAUGCCAUCGCCCCCGAACAUAACGAUCCCAUCCAUGAGCUGUUGGAGGACCUGGGCGAGGUGCCUACCAUAGAGUCACUCAUUGGUGAAGGUACACUGCCUGCCAGUGACCCCAACAAGGAAAUGCUGGGCAAGACGGAGGUGUCCCUCACACUCACCAACAAGUUUGAUGUUCCGGACAGUGAGAAUGCUGAGAUGGAUGCCAAGACGCUCUUGCUAAAUACCAAGAGGCUCAUAGUGGAUGUGAUCCGCUUCCAACCUGGAGAGACUCUUACUGAGAUCUUGGAGACUCCUGCUGCUGCAGAGCAAGAAGCAGAGUACCAGCGUGCCAUGCAGCGCCGAGCCAUCCGGGAUGCCAAGACGCCUGAGAAGAUGAAGCAGAAGAAGCCGGUGCAGGAUGACACUCUCACCCUGGAGGGCAAGAAGGAGAAGAUCCAGGGCAACCUGAAGCGCCUGGGCGAGCUGGGCAAAAUCAGCCCCGAGAAGCGCUACCAAGACCUCAUCAACGACAUCGCCAAGGACAUCAGGAAUCAGCGCCGGUACCGUCAGAGGCGAAAGGCGGAGCUGGUGAAACUGCAGCAGACCAAUGCAGCCCUCAACUCCAAGACCAGCUUCUUCAACGAGCAGAUCGACUACUACAACCAGUAUAUCAAGACCUGCAUGGACAACCUGGCCAGCAAGGGCAAGGUGUCGAAGAAACCAGGCGAGGUGAAAGCCAAGAAAAGCAAGCAGGUGUCUCAGAAGUACACAGCUGCCCGACUACAUGAGAAAGGGGUGCUGAUAGCCAUCGAAGAACUGCAGGCUAACCAGUUCAAGAAUGUCAUCUUUGAGAUCUCCCCAUCCGAGGAAGUUGGAGACUUUGAUGUGAAGGCCAAGUUUAUGGGCGUUCAAAUAGAGACUGUAGUAUUACAUUACCAGGACCUACUGCAGCUCCAGUACGAGGGGGUGGCCGUGAUGAAGCUGUUCGACAAAGCCACCAUCAACGUCAACCUGCUCAUCUUCCUCCUGAAUAAGAAAUUCUACGGCAAAUAAAAAGAAUGUGAACGAGAUAGGAUGCAGACUCUGUUCGAAGAUGCCCCCUGCACAAACACACAAACCUGAAUAUUCACACGCAGCACUUCACUAGAGGUGUCUCCCCCCAACCCCUCCCCACUCCCAGCCAUAGGAAUCAUCCUCAGAGCCUUGCUGUGGUUCAGACAAGGUGGGAGCACCAGGCCUUGUGGGGGUGGCUGCAGAUAUGUCCCCCAAUAAACACUUAAUACUUCUGUACUGCAGCGCAGCAGCCUAGAAUCUCCAGACUCUUUUAAUUGUGUAUAAUGGCAACUCACCCUUCACCCGUCAGUGAAUCCCUCUCAGAUUAUCCUCUGGGCCCUGGGAGACACGGAUUUUAAGAGGGGAGCAGCUUGUCCAGGUGGAAAAGGGGUGGAGGGGUUAUUUCUGCAGGCAGGUUCCUCCCUUUCAGCUAUGCAUGUUAAGCCAUUAACAAUCUGUGGCUUGAAUCCAUAUUUUCGGAUGCUUUUUAAUUUGUGGAAAGUGUUUAUUUCCGCUUGAACUCUUUUUAUGCACAGGACACCAGUGUACGGUAUUUAAAAGUAAUAAACUGUAAUGUGUUAACAUCAGCCUGGCCUGCGUGUCCAGGGAACAGCACUGGCGGAUUCUGUUCCCCUCUGUUCGCCUGUCUCAUCCUCGUACAUCCCCCUCCCUAAAUUAAAUUUAAUUAAUUUCCUUCAUUAAAUGGAAAAAGUUGAAUUGUCUGGGGAUGAAUGUCCAUAGGAAAAGGAAACUACUUCUCUCCAAGCAUAUCUUUGACUCGACACCAUUUUCUGUGUUCAGGAUUUUUAGAGUGUAUACAGACCAGUGCGUGCUUUUCUUAAAAAAAAACACUUAUGAUGGGCUCUGUGAAGUGUUAUAUUUAUUCCUGAGAUUAAUGUGGAACAGAACACGUUUAAAACACAGACAAUCUCUGCCAAUCAGUUAAGCUCUGCUGUACCAUGCUAUUAGACAAUCAGUAUAAAUCAAGCUUAUUCCAUACAAACGGAUGUGCCAUGACUAAAAAGUCCCCCAGACACUCCAGCCAGAAUGGCUAGUUUCAGCCACAGGUGCUCCACUUCUGAAGAGUAAAAUGGACAGAGCCUGGCCAACACAUGUCUUUUCUUCACAUUUCUUCAUAUAUAAUGUAUUGCUAAAUGAAAAACAAAAUCUAUAAUUUUGGAAAACAUAAGUGCAGAUCUUAUAAUUUAUGAAAAGACAGCAGAAAGUAGAGAUGGAUUUUGCCUCAGUGGAAGCAGACUUCCUUGCUCUAGCCUGUGGGUUGGUGCAGAGUAGGGGAACUGGGAUUUUGACUCCACUAAAUUGUACAGAAUUUCCAAUCUUCUGUUGCUAGUACCCUUUUUUAUCUAUGAUGCAUUACUGCCUGGAUUUAAGCAGAUAAUUAUUGUAUCCGUGUCCUGCCAAUGUUACAUAGUCAUUCAUGAACUCCUCACCGCUUUCAAUAGAAAUACAGUAUUAUUUCAAAUGUUGUUUUGCAGUAACAGCUGUAGGCCACCAGAUGUCCCCAUGUGUGGUGUUAGGGUGGAAAGUAUACUGUUUCCAGGUGUUUGCAGAUGUGAGUAGCCUGGCCUCCCUGCAUGUCCAGGCAGUAAUGCUCAUUACUGCAUAAGCCACUCUUGAGAGAGAUUCAGGAUGUGUUGAGUUUGUCCAGUGUACCACAGGCUUGCACUCUGCAGGAAAAGGCCCCAGUGGAUGUACUUAUAUUUGUAAGAAAUCUUUUGUUCCGUUGCACUGUUUUGAUAUUACCUGGUGUGCCUUCAAAUAUAAAAACAAAGCUUUUAACAGUACCUAAUAAAGUGCUGUCCUAAAAGAG